UCCGUAUUCUCCAGCAGAGAGAGAGAGCACACACGAGUCCCGGAGCCGCGAUGACGCAGUUGUAGCUUACGUUCUCCCGGAGCACGGAAUCCCGUCAGUCCAGGACGCUCACAGCUGGUUCCCACUUUUCGGAGAGUUCCCGCCGCACACCGGUGUGAUGCCCGCCGGGAUGUUCAGCAUCGACAGCAUCCUGUCCGCGCGGCCGAGCUGUAAGGAGCCGCUGCUGCUGCACCGGAGCGGCCCGGUGGUGCUGUCCGCCGGCCUGACGGACUCUCUCUACACCGACUACAACGGACUGUAUUCAGCCACGUGCGGGCCCGUGGCCCCCCCGGUGCAGCCCGUGAGCGGGAGCAGGAUCGGAUAUAACGGCUACUACUACAGCCAGCUGCACGUCCAGGGCGCCGCGGCAGGGCCCCCGUGCUGCGGCUCCGUGCCCGGCCUCAGCCCGCAGCAGUGCCCCUGCAUCCCCACAGGCUAUGACAGCCCGGGCUCGGUGCUGAUCUCUCCGGUGCCCCACCAGAUGAUGUCCUACAUGAACAUGAGCAGCCUGUCUCGGACCGAGCUGCAGCUCCUCAACCAGCUGCACUGCCGCAGGAAGCGAAGGCACCGCACCAUCUUCACGGACGAGCAGCUCGAGGCUCUGGAGGGCCUCUUCCAAGAAACUAAGUAUCCGGACGUCGGCACUCGCGAACAACUUGCCCGCAAGGUCCACCUCCGCGAGGAGAAGGUCGAGGUGUGGUUCAAAAACAGACGUGCGAAGUGGAGGAGGCAGAAAAGGUCUUCAUCGGAAGAAUCAGAGAACUCUCAGAAAUGGAACAAAUCCACUAAAACGUCCGCGGAGAAACCCGAAGAGAGUAAGAGCGAGGUGGACUCGGACAGCUGAUAACAGAGCGGACCUAACACGGCCUCAUCGGCUUGUCCCGUGGAAAUCGAUGUGGACCCCGAGACAUUGUGGUGGUGUGGUGUUGCCAUGUUGCACAGUUGUAUAUAUAUCUACAUUUUAUUAUUGACUGUGUUCAUUAUUUAAAUUUAAUUUAAGCUGCUUUUGUAAUGUUCCACACACAGGGAUGAGACGCCCUCUGAACUGACUGACAUGUGUGAAUAUAUCGUGAUGUUCUCUAUAUGUGAUAUUUGGAUAUUAAAUGUUGUAAUUCUAUCAUUAUUAUUAUUGUUCUUUUGUCUUUGGCAAAAAUAAGAGAAACGUAUAAAGGACAGAUAAAUGUGCGCUCAUUUAAACAGUGUGCGCUUUCAUUCUGCGCUCGGCGGCAGAACCACAGACUUAAGAGCUUGUAAACAGGCUGUGAAAUAUAGCGCGAAGAAAACGAACGUUCUGGGGUUUUUUGUUUUUAGCUUCCAAAACGUCAGGGCGAAAAGCUGCUGCAGGCCUCCACAUAUAAAAGCCUUUAUGUGAAAGUAAAUGAAAUGAAAGAUGAUUUUAUUGUUAUCACACCUGAACUGUGGCUCUUUUAUGUCCCGCUGACGAUUUGGGGUUUGUUUAAAACAUCUUUUGGGCAAUUAGUUAAAAAACCCCAGAACAGGACAGGUUAGAGAGGUCAGGUCGAUCAUUUUAAAUGGAAACCGUGGAGAAAACAACCGCCAACAAACAACUGCAGCUAUUUCCUUCAUUUUUUUUUAAAACUUGGUACGUUUAUUAUCAUUGACAAACCAACAACAACAACAACAGUCCAGAAACGUUUGGCCCGCUCAGCAGAUCUGGAUCAAAGUGUCAGUGUAAGCUGAAACAGAGGAGCAAAGAGACACCGAGCAAAGAGAAGGUAUGAACGCUAUCUGCAGAGUGUUGAAGUCUGUCUCUCUCUCUCUCUCUCGCUCUCUCUCUCUCCAUAUACAUUGUAGAAAAAAUUAUUAUUAUUAUUUUAUUUUUUUUUUUACAGUGCCUUAACAUUUGCGCUCUUUAUGGCCUCCUCUCGAUUAUUUCCCCCAGUUACAGGGCUCAGCUCACAUUGAGCUCCUCAUGUCGUUUAGAAUGAGCAAACAUGAGCAAAUGCAGCUGCUGAUAAACACAGCAUCAAGGUCAGAAAUGCCACAUACGACAUAAAGGUCAAUGUGAUUAUGAAAUAGAGGGCAAUGUGAUUGCAUCAAUAAACUGAUGCAGUAAACACACAGCUAAAUACAAUGAUUCAUUAAAUAUAUCUUCAUAGAAAUAAAAGUGGCCAGAUAAACGAAUGGAGUCCGGGCCUCCACGCUUUCGCAAUAGCAACUUAAUUUUUUGAUACAAGUGGAAAAACAAUCAAGCUCUAAAAUCGGGUUCACCUUUCUCUUUUCAAACACGUGUGGGACAUCCACUGUCUUUAAAGUCAUAAUUCCAUAUCAAAAUGGACUUCUCAAAACUCACCUCUUCAACAAAACCCGCAACCUUUAGCCUUCUUUCUUUUUCUUUUCUUUUUUUUCCUACUCUUGUGUAAAUCGUCCUCGGGGUUCUUCAGAAAGGCU